GGUAGUGACUUGUAGCUAACUUUAUAAGUAGAUAUAUAACAGUUGGUAAACAACUUGAAGUCAAGAAGUAGAACUUCUAUGCCCAGGAUUUAGUAAUCAUGCUGAUAACAUGGCUUAUAAUACCGUGUGCGCUACUGACGUGCGUGUACGCAGUGUUGUGGUGGAGCGGGCGGCGCGCGCGCAAGUGUCUCGCUGGCCUGCCCUGCUACCCGCCGCUGCCGUUCAUCGGGAACAUGCAUCAGGUUUUCGGCAAUGGAGAAUAUCUGGUUACAGUAAUGCACCGAAUAUCUGCACUUAUGGAGGAAACUGGAUUGCCUUUCGUCGCGUGGGUCGGCCCUCGUCCUGUCAUAGUGGUAAUGCACCCAGAGGACGUGAAAGCUGUGACCAACGCGUUCGUGGAGAAACCUUACUACUACAACUUCGCUCGCGAGUGGGUCGGCAAUGGACUGGUCACAGCGCCCAGUCACAUCUGGAAGCGUAGUAUCAAGAAGCUAGCAGGCACAUUCACUGGCAACAUAGUGGAUGGGUACCAAGGCGUGUUCAAUGCGCAGGCGAAGCGGCUGGUGGAAAAGCUGCGCCGUGAGGUUGGCGGCGAGCCCUUCGACGUGUUGCAUCGAUAUCUGGCGUACACAACGCUGGAGACUAUUUGCCAAACAGCUUUGGGAGUCCCUCGGAUCCAAGACAACAUAGUAACCCACGAGUACUACCGUGCGUUCAACCGCACUUUCGAACUGUUCAUCGAGCGCGGCAUGAACAUCCUUCUGCACUUGGACUUCUUCUACCGUCUCACUCCUGCUUACAGGGAGCUUACAGCCUGCAUCUCUGUCUUGCACAACGUCUCGCAGACGGUGAUAUCAAAAAGACUAAAAGAACGAGAAGAAAUGAAGAGAAAUGGAAUACUUCCAACGACAAAUGACUAUGAAAAUGGAAAGAUCAGAUUCAAAGCGUUUUUGGACAUUCUGUUUGACCUUAAAGAAGCAGAUCCUACUCUGACGAUGCAGCAGAUACAGUCAGAAGUGGACACCAUCAUAGUAGGUGGUCAAGAGACAAUUGCCAAGACUUUAUUCAUGUCACUGAUCAUCAUUGGGAAAAAUCCUGACAUUCAGGAGAAACUGUAUGCUGAAAUAAAGAAGAUAUUUGGCGACAGUAGGCGCGCUGUGGUGAAGGAAGACUUAGCGCAGAUGAAAUACUGCGAGGGCGUUCUGAAUGAGACGCUGCGACUGUUCCCACCCAUACCCUUCAUCAUGAGGGACGCCGACCGCGACCUGCCGCUCAAGUCCUGUACGAUACCAAAAGGCACCGGUUGUGGAGUGAACGCGUGGGGUGCUGGACGGUCCAAGAAGAUCUGGGGCCCUGAUGCGGAGGAGUAUAAACCUGAGAGAUGGCAGGACACGGAGCUGGGAAGAGUCAAUGCUGCUAGCUUCCUGGCUUUUAGUUACGGAAAACGAGCUUGUAUCGGAAAACGGUACGCAAUGCCCAUCAUGAAAACAAUCCUGGCAUACUGCGUCCGCGAGUUGGAGUUUUAUUCUGAUACGGAACAGGUGCAAUUUAGAGUCGACGUCACUAUGAAAGCGGUUAAAGGACAUUUGAUACAAGUCAGACUACGGGAGAAGGAUGGCUGCGGAUCUCAGUAAGCCUAAAAGUGUAGAAAAAUGUUUUGGCAAAUACUGAUACUGUUGUAUAAGCCAAUAAAGAGAGAGAUAAACAUGUAACAAUAGUACAGUCUGCCAAAAACUCAGGAUAGACAAAUGGUGCAACAGGUCGUUAGAGCGCUUACAGACUAGUGACGAUCGGUUGACACAGUCAAGUUAGUUACUUUUUACUAAACGUCAAAACACUAAAUGACUAUGGAGUUUGUAUGAAAAAGCACACUGUGACGUCAGAGCAAGACGUGAUAACAUGUCGGACUUAUUACUUACCUUUUUUCUAGAUUAAAAUUCAUAAAUAAGUUAAAUAGAGGAAAAGAAAUGAUUUUCUUUAGUUUUAGAUCUGUCUUUAUUGAGUAACAAUUAGAAUUUCAUAAUUUAUUUUGAACCUGGUACACGACGCAAUUGUCGUUGGUUUGUAAGCACUCUUAAUUUGAUAAAUCGUAAACUAUGAGAGGUGAAACACCCAAAUCUCUGCAAGUGUCGCAUGAUUUAUAGGAUAACAAUAAUAAAAAGUUUUAUUUCUUACAUAAUCCGUAUACUUAGGUACGUUUAAACUUAUUUAUGCACACAA